CAGGGCUCCCCUUCGGGCCCGGGGCGCAGAGCUACACCCUGGCGCGGCGUCCUGGGGCAGCCGCAGAGACCCAGCCUCAGGGGAGUCCUGAGAGAACACUGCCAAUGGACCCCCGGUGGUCUAGCGCGAAAAGUUUAUUUCUCUUUUUACCCUGAGUUUGAUGUAUUCUUUUCGCUCUUCCAAGGAUCUUUGGCAAGGGAGGGGAGUGCUGUCCUUGCAUUUCGUGGCGAGAUUGUCCUAUUUAUCAACACAAGCUCUGCCUCGCUCCCUUUUUUGUCCCCUACCCGGAUCUCGAAAUUCGAAGCACUGAUUCUCCCUGGCACAACUGGGAAAGAGUGCGGGAGACGCGAAGAGUUUUGCUGACAGUCCAGAGACAAUAAGGAACCCAGGCCCCCAGCCCUGAGCCAGACGCUCGGUUCUCUGGCUCUCCGGGUCUCUCUCCCCCUCACACCUCUCCCCGCCCCCGCUGGUCGCACUCGGUCUCUCCUCCACCCGCGUGUUGGCAGGUGCGCCCCCCCACCCCCGCCUUCUCUGCUGCUGAUUGGCGCCCAGGUUGGGGAGUCGCCGCCCCGCGCUUAUGUCAGAGUGCGUGCCGUCCGGGCCCACCUCGCCUUUGAACUUCGCCGCUUUGGGCUCUCCUUCACCAGCCUCCCCGCAUUCUCAGCCAGGUGCAGCGCUGGGCGAGGCAGCUCCGGGAAAGCCACGGGCGGGGGGAGCUACGGCCAGAGGCGCAAGAGGAGAGAAGGGAAGGAGAGAAGGCGAAGGUGGAAAAGGGGGAGAAGGAGGAGCUUCCUGCCCUCGCCAGAAAAUUACCUGGCCACUCCACACCCGAGACUCCAGCACUUGGGCCCAGCCUCUGGCGCCCGCAGUCGCCAGCCGGUCGCCCUUGCCUCCCCCACCCCCGCCCAUCUGCCCCCCACUCGCCCCCCGGGGGCUGCCUGGGUGCUGGGACUGGCAUGAUCAGCUGAACUUUGUGGGGGGUCAGCUCUUCUCUCCGGCUUCCCCUCAGCAGCGCCGAGGUGAGGGGAGCGCAGAGCCCCGGGUCAGGACGGACAGACAGACGGCCAACUGCGCCCAAGCUCGCCCUCGGAGGCCCUGCACUCCCCACCCCCGCCCGCCUAAGCCGCCGGGACCAUGUCCAAACCUUCAGACCACAUCAAGCGGCCCAUGAACGCCUUCAUGGUAUGGUCCCGGGGCCAGCGGCGCAAGAUGGCCCAGGAAAACCCCAAGAUGCACAACUCGGAGAUCAGCAAGCGCCUAGGCGCCGAAUGGAAGCUUUUGUCCGAGGCAGAAAAGCGGCCAUACAUCGACGAGGCCAAGCGGCUACGCGCCCAGCACAUGAAGGAGCACCCCGACUACAAGUACCGGCCGCGGCGAAAGCCCAAGAACCUGCUCAAGAAAGACAGGUAUGUCUUCCCCCUGCCCUACCUGGGCGACACGGACCCGCUCAAGGCGGCUGGUCUGCCCGUAGGGGCCUCCGACGGCCUCCUGAGCGCGCCCGAGAAAGCCCGGGCCUUCUUGCCGCCGGCCUCGGCGCCCUACUCCCUGCUGGACCCCGCGCAGUUUAGCUCGAGCGCCAUCCAGAAGAUGGGUGAAGUGCCCCACACCUUGGCCACCGGCGCGCUGCCCUACGCGUCCACCCUGGGCUACCAGAACGGCGCCUUCGGCAGCCUCAGCUGCCCCAGCCAGCACACGCACACGCACCCGUCCCCCACCAACCCGGGCUACGUGGUGCCCUGUAACUGUACCGCCUGGUCUGCCUCCACCCUGCAGCCCCCCGUCGCCUACAUCCUCUUUCCAGGCAUGACCAAGACUGGCAUAGACCCUUAUUCGUCAGCCCACGCCACAGCCAUGUAACCCCCGGCCUGGCCCGGACCGGAGGGGUGGCCUGGAAGCGGGGUUUGCACCCUGUCCUCUGCACCUAGCCCUGCCUGGCCUGCAGAAGCCUCUGGGUCAGCCCUGCCGCCGCCCCUUACCCGGUCCCAGACUCGGCCUCUCUCUUCCAGGGAGAAGGGAGGGGCGUCCUACCGACCAGAGGCGUGGACAGGUGCAGAAACUUGCAGACGUUUUGACAGCUGCGCUGCCCCUAUCCUGACUCUCCCCCAAAUCUCCGACUGUACCCCCUUUGGACAAAGAAGUAGGCAAUUUUGCUUUAUUUAUCUCCCCUUCACUCUCCUCGGAUAGGCUUUGGACUCCGAACUCCCAGAUCCUGGUAUUAUAUCUAGAAUAUGCAUAUAUAUAUAUUUUUUUCCUCUUCUGCCCCUGAAGAAAAAAAGAGUUGGCUGUUUCUCUGUGUCUUGCCAUCAGACACAACCAAGCGCCAUUUAUUCUUCAUGUUUGGGAAAAAAGGCUUAAAAGUUUUAAACUACAGCAAGGGAACCAUUUCUAUUUAAAACCAUGCUAUGAUAUAGUGUUUGCUUCUUUAAAGGGAAAACAAGAAGGACCCACAUGGUUAUUUACUUUGUGUCAAGCAGUGUUCCUAGAGACCUAAGUUUACUGUUAGACAGAAAAUCGGGUUCCGAAGUCAGGAAGUGGAAAGUGAACAACAACAAAAGGAUUAAAACAUCCUAAAUAAUGGUAAAUGUUUUGACGAUGUCUUGGAAAUGUACCUGGAAGGAUUUUACCUCGUUACUCUGUUCAUUUGUUGAACAAAGACGUUUUGAAUAAAGACAAUCUGUCGUUGCAAAAAGUAACCUUUGAUGUGCCUAAAAAUCUGGAGUCAGGAGGCCAGGGCAGCGGGGCCGGGGAGUCGGGUCGCGGGGAGGCGCCUUGGGCAGUGAUCGCUGGCGGCUGAGCUGCGCGUUGCGCUGGCCGAAGCUGGCGGCCUGCGAGCCGGCUGCGAAGUGACCUAGAGUCUGAGAUCCCUCAGGAUCACGCCCGGGGGAUCCGUUCUAGGCCUUUAUCCAUCCCUGGGACGUCGCUCCUGGCCCCAUUCUUCACGAAAGGGUUAGGCCACUCCGAGAAGCCAAUGAACCAAGACAAAGGCCGAGUCUGGGUGCGUUAACUUUUCUAAACCAAACUCGAAAGGAAUGGGGAGAAGCGCCGAUUCUCCCGGGAACCAGUUGCGCGCGGAGCACCACGGCCUGCGGUGGACCUUUAAGUUCAAGGCUCGGGGGAAGCCGGGUGGAAUCGAUUUGCUUUUCUUUAGGUGUCUGGAAAAACUGCCGCUGGCUCCUAUGGGGAAUCUGGCUAUUAGUCCCUAAGUUAGAAAAUAAAAGCCUAAGAAAUGCCAGAAGACGCGACCUAGCUCUGCGUCCCGGAUGGUCAGAGACUUUUUACUAAGACCAUUUGGGAGCAAAGGGAAGAGACAGGCGAUAUUGGCAUGGCUCAGGCAAGGAGUUUUUCUAAAAAAAAAAAAAAUCAUAAAAACCAAAUAACUCGCGUUUAACAAACAAGGAAAGGAGCCCUUCGCUUUCCCUUCUGGGUGAAUAUUUGUUUACUUGAAGAUUACUGCUUUUCCCGAGGAGAGGGGACCCUGAUGCCAGCCAGCACAACUCUCUGGAACUUCUUCUCAAAAUCAAAGGCGCUCCCCACCCUCUGUCUCCUGCGAGUCUCGCCCCCACCGCCUCGCUCACGCGUGUUCUCCCGCAGGUCGCGCGCUCUUCUCGCUGGCCGCGGUAGGGUGCGGGUUGGGGGUGGGGCAGCCCAGGCGCUUGCAGGCUUGCCGCGGCUGCUGCUGCUAGGGGGUGGGGACUGGGGACUCCAAAGGAGGCUGUGGUUCGAGGUGCAGGGGAACCGUUGUCAGCAGACACCCAAGCCGGAGCCCGCGGAUUAGCAUAUUGUCCUCAAAACAAUUACAAGUGUUUGAGGUGCUGUUUGGAUCCUAUUCAUCCUAGCCCCUUUGUCAAAGGGGGAUUUUCAUUAUUAAAAAAAAAAAAAGUUAGCAGUUGUCCAUCUGGCUGAGCUGAAUGGCAAAGUGAUUCGUGUUGUAUAUGCUUUUCUCAUUAAGAGCUCUUUUGAGACCGAUGUUAGAAUUAAAUGGUAUAACACAAUUAACAUACACGGGAGCUGAAUAGGAGGGGACGCCUAUAAAUAAUAGAUAGAUAAAUAAAUGAGCGAUCAGGCGAAGGUA